AUGGUUCAGGAUCGUAAUGACUUGUUAAGAGCUACAUUUGUGGCUGAGAACUGUGGGAACAAGUUUUCAUCAGAUGUAGAUCAGCCGAUGCACAAAGAAAGACUGAGGGGAGUUUACACAAGAAGAGAAGCAUUGAAACGUUUUGUAUGUGAGGUGUGUGGCAAGAAAUUCUCUAGAAAUAGUAAUAUCUACGUUCAUAUGAAAGUUCACACAAAAGAAAAGCCAUACCGCUGUGAUAUAUGCAGUUAUGCCUCCUCACAAAAAGGUAAUUUAGUGAGACAUAUGAGAGUUCAUAAAAAAGAAAAUCCAUAUAACUGUGAGAUUUUCAACAAAGGAAUAUCUGAGAAAGGUAAUCUAUUAAUGCAUAUGAGAGUGCAUACAAAGGAGAAGUCAUACAGUUGUGAUAUUUGCAACAAGACCUUCUCACGGAAAGCUCAUGUAGUGAGCCAUAUGAAAGUUAUCCUAAAGGCUUAA